AUGGCUAGUGCCGGGCAUGGAAAUGGACACAUAAAUGGCGUGGUAUCGAAUAGGCACACUGCUACAAUGUCUGAAGUAGAUGAGUUCUGCCAUGCCCUUGGGGGAAACAGGCCGAUUCAUAGUAUAUUGAUUGCGAACAAUGGAAUGGCGGCGGUUAAGUUUAUACGCAGUGUAAGGAGUUGGGCUUACGAGACCUUUGGCACAGAAAAGGCUAUUUUGUUGGUUGCCAUGGCUACUCCAGAAGACAUGAGAAUCAAUGCGGAGCAUAUUAGAAUAGCUGAUCAGUUUGUGGAAGUACCUGGUGGGACCAAUAACAAUAACUACGCCAAUGUGCAGCUUAUUCUAGAGAUUGCUGAGAUAACUCAUGUUGACGCUGUAUGGCCUGGUUGGGGUCAUGCAUCAGAGAAUCCUGAGCUACCAGAUGCAUUAAAAGCAAAAGGAAUUGUAUUUCUUGGACCUCCUGCAGUAUCUAUGGCGGCAUUGGGAGAUAAAAUUGGUUCAUCGCUGAUUGCUCAGGCAGCAGAUGUGCCAACCCUUCCAUGGAGUGGUUCACAUGUGAAAAUUCCUCCUGAAAGCUCCUUGAUUGCUAUACCUGAUGAAAUUUACCGGGCAGCAUGUGUUUAUACAACAGACGAAGCAAUUGCAAGUUGUCAAGUUGUUGGGUACCCUGCAAUGAUCAAGGCAUCUUGGGGUGGUGGUGGUAAAGGCAUAAGAAAGGUUCAUAAUGAUGAUGAGGUAAGGGCAUUGUUCAAGCAAGUUCAAGGUGAAGUUCCGGGCUCACCUAUAUUUAUAAUGAAAGUUGCUUCCCAGAGCCGGCAUCUUGAAGUCCAACUGAUUUGUGAUCAGUAUGGAAAUGUUGCAGCUUUACACAGCCGUGAUUGCAGUGUUCAAAGAAGGCAUCAAAAGAUUAUUGAGGAGGGUCCGAUUACUGUAGCACCCCCAGAAACGGUUAAAGAACUUGAACAGGCGGCUAGACGAUUAGCUAUAUCUGUAAAUUAUGUUGGGGCAGCUACCAUUGAGUAUCUUUACAGCAUGGAAACUGGCGAGUACUACUUUUUAGAGCUGAACCCCCGUCUACAGGUUGAGCAUCCUGUUACUGAAUGGAUAGCUGAGAUAAAUCUUCCAGCAGCACAAGUUGCUGUUGGGAUGGGCAUCCCUCUCUGGCAAAUUCCCGAGAUUAGGCGUUUCUAUGGGAUGGAACACGGUGGAGGGAAUGAUGCUUGGAGGAAAACAUCAGUUUUAGCUACCCCUUUUGAUUUUGACAAAGCACAGUCUACAAAGCCAAAAGGCCAUUGCGUGGCUGUGCGAGUGACUAGCGAGGAUCCUGAUGAUGGUUUCAAGCCCACAGGCGGGAAAGUGCAGGAACUCAGCUUUAAAAGUAAACCAAAUGUUUGGGCUUACUUCUCUGUUAAGUCUGGAGGAGGAAUCCAUGAAUUUUCAGAUUCUCAGUUUGGACAUGUUUUUGCCUUUGGAGAAUCAAGGGCUUUAGCGAUUGCAAAUAUGGUUUUGGGGCUGAAGGAAAUUCAAAUUCGAGGAGAAAUUCGUACCAACGUUGAUUAUACAAUUGAUCUUCUGAAUGCUUCUGACUACAGAGAUAACAAAAUUCACACAGGAUGGCUGGACAGUAGAAUUGCAAUGCGAGUUAGAGCAGAGAGGCCUCCUUGGUAUCUGUCUGUUGUUGGAGGGGCACUCUAUAAAGCUACUGCGAGUAGUGCUGCUUUGGUUUCAGACUAUGUUGGCUAUCUUGAGAAGGGGCAAAUCCCUCCUAAGCACAUAUCUCUUGUCCAUUCUCAAGUGUCCUUGAGCAUUGAAGGAAGCAAGUAUACUAUUGACAUGAUACGAGGAGGACCUGGAAAGUAUAGAUUGAAAUUAAAUCAAUCAGAGAUAGAAGCAGAGAUACAUACUUUACGUGAUGGAGGUUUAUUGAUGCAGUUGGAUGGAAACAGUCAUGUAAUAUAUGCAGAGGAAGAAGCAGCUGGGACUCGCCUUCUAAUUGAUGGAAGGACUUGCUUGCUUCAGAAUGAUCACGAUCCAUCAAAGUUAAUUGGAGAGACACCAUGCAAGCUUCUAAGAUACUUGGUUGCAGACGAUAGUCACAUUGACGCAGACACACCAUAUGCUGAAGUUGAGGUCAUGAAGAUGUGCAUGCCUCUUCUGUCCCCUGCUUCUGGGAUUAUUCAUUUCAGAAUGGCUGAAGGUCAAGCCAUGCAGGCUGGUGAACUUAUUGCAAGGCUUGAUCUUGACGAUCCUUCUGCUGUAAGAAAGGCAGAGCCCUCCACUGGGAACUUCCCAGUCCUGGGCCCUCCUACGGCAAUUUCAGGUAAAGUUCAUCAGAAAUGUGCGGCAAGCUUAAAUGCUGCACGGAUGAUUCUCGCUGGCUUCGAGCACAAUAUUGAUGAAGUUGUGCAAAGUUUGCUCAAUUGCCUUGACAGCCCUGAAUUACCUUUCCUUCAAUGGCAAGAAUGCUUGGCAGUUCUGGCAACCCGUCUUCCUAAAGAUCUAAGAAUUGAGUUGGAAGCAAAAUAUAAGGAGUUUGAGAUUAUUUCAAGCUCCCAAAAUAUUGAUUUCCCUGCCAAAUUAUUGAAAGGAAUUCUUGAAGCUCAUCUUUUCUCCUGUCCUGAUAAUGAAAAAGGAGCUUUAGAAAGACUAGUUGAACCUCUGAUGAGUCUUGUAAAGUCUUAUGAGGGUGGAAGAGAGAGCCAUGCCCAUAAAAUUGUUCAAUCUCUUUUUGAAGAGUAUCUCUCAGUUGAAGAACUAUUUAGUGAUAAUAUACAGGCUGAUGUAAUUGAACGACUCCGUCUUCAAUACAAGAAAGAUUUGUUGAAGAUUGUAGAUAUUGUGCUCUCUCAUCAGGGUGUCAAGAGCAAAAAUAAGCUGAUACUGCGACUAAUGGAUAAACUGGUUUAUCCUAAUCCUGCUGCCUAUAGGGACCAAUUAAUCCGAUUCUCCCAACUCAAUCAUAUUGUUUCCUCUGAGUUGGCUCUUAAGGCAAGUCAACUGCUUGAACAAACUAAACUGAGUGAACUUCGAUCCAGCAUUGCUAGAAGUCUUUCUGAACUAGAAAUGUUUACUGAGGAUGGUGAAAAUAUUGAUACUCCGAAGAGGAAGGGUGCCAUUAAUGACCGAAUGGAGGACCUUGUGAGCGCUCCUUUGGCAGUUGAAGAUGCCCUUGUGGGCUUAUUUGAUCACAGUGAUAACACCCUUCAAAGGAGGGUUGUGGAAACUUAUAUACGUAGGCUCUACCAGCCAUAUCUUGUCAAAGGCAGCAUCAGGAUGCAGUGGCACAGAUCUGGCCUUAUUGCUACGUGGGAGUUCUUAGAAGAAUACGUUGAACAGAAGAAUGGAGUUGAAGACAAAACACUGGUGGAGAAACAUAGUGAGAAGAAAUGGGGAGUGAUGGUUGUAAUUAAAUCUCUUCAAUUUUUGUCAGCAAUUAUCAGUGCUGCAUUAAGGGAAGCAACCAAUAACUUCCAUGAUGCACUUAAAAGUGGUUCUGUCGACUCAAGUAACCUCGGUAAUAUGAUGCAUAUUGGACUAGUGGGCAUCAACAACCAAAUGAGUUUACUUCAAGACAGUGGUGAUGAGGAUCAGGCUCAAGAAAGAAUCAAUAAGUUGGCCAAAAUACUCAGAGAGCAGGAAGUAGGGUCCAUAAUACAUGCGGCCGGUGUUGGAGAUAUUAGCUGUAUCAUACAGAGGGAUGAAGGGCGUGCUCCAAUGAGGCAUUCCUUUCACUGGUCAGCAGAAAAGCUAUAUUAUGAAGAGGAACCCUUGUUGCGUCAUCUGGAACCUCCGCUAUCCAUUUAUCUUGAAUUGGGCAAACUUAAAGGCUAUGAGAAUAUACGUUAUACACCAUCCCGUGAUCGUCAAUGGCACCUCUACACGGUUGUGGAUACCAAGCCACAACCAAUUCAAAGAAUGUUUCUUCGAACACUUCUCAGACAGCCAACCACAAAUGAAGGAUACUCUGCUUAUCAAAGGGUAGAUGCAGAAUCGUCUCGUACCCAAUUGGAUAUGUCCUUUACUUCAAGGAUCAUUUUUAGGUCCUUAAUGGGUGCAAUGGAGGAGUUGGAACUUAACUCACACAAUACCACCAUCAAAUCUGAACAUGCUCAUAUGUACCUCUAUGUCCUACGUGAGCAACAAGUAGAUGAUCUUGUGCAUUAUUCCAAGAAAAUCAACAUAGAUGCCAGUCAAGAAGAAACAACAGUUGAGGCAAUCUUGGAAAAACUGGCACAGGAAAUCCAUUCCUCUGUUGGUGUAAGAAUGCAUAGAUUACGGGUUUUCGUAUGGGAAGUAAAACUUUGGAUUACAGCAUGUGGACAGGCAAAUGGUGCUUGGAGGGUCAUUGUAAACAAUGUUACUGGUCAUACAUCCACUGUACAUAUAUAUCGAGAAAGGGAGGAUGCCACCACUCAUAACGUGGUUUACAGUUCAGUCACGAUAAAGGGUCCACUGCAUGGUGUACCAGUGAACGAAAACUAUCAACCUUUGGGAGUUAUUGACCGAAAACGUCUCGCAGCAAGAAAGAGUAGCACCACAUACUGCUACGAUUUUCCCCUUGCAUUUCAAACAUCCUUGGAACAGUCAUGGUCAAUUCAACAGACAGGAAUUCAAAGAGCUAAAGAUAAGGAUCUCCUAAAAGUAACGGAGCUUAAAUUUUCAGAGAAAGAAGGUAGCUGGGGUACUUCUCUUGUUCCUACAGAGCGUCCUCCUGGACUCAAUGAUGUUGGCAUGGUAGCCUGGUUGAUGGAAAUGUGUACUCCUGAGUUCCCAUCUGGAAGGACAAUAUUGGUUGUUUCGAACGACGUUACAUUCAAGGCUGGUUCUUUUGGCCCAAAAGAGGACGCCUUCUUUAGAGCGGUAACUGAUCUUGCCUGUGCUAAGAAAAUACCUUUAAUUUACUUAGCCGCAAAUUCUGGUGCCCGUUUAGGUGUAGCCGAGGAAGUCAAAACUUGUUUCAGAGUUGGUUGGUCUGAGGAAUCUAAACCUGAGCAUGGUUUUCAGUAUGUAUACUUAACACCUGAGGACUAUGCUCAAAUUGGAUCAUCAGUGAUGGCACAUGAAUUAAAACUUGAAAGUGGAGAAACCAGAUGGGUUAUAGAUACCAUUGUCGGCAAAGAAGAUGGAUUGGGAGUUGAAAACUUGAGUGGCAGUGGGGCCAUUGCCGGUGCCUAUUCAAGGGCGUACAAGGAAACCUUUACAUUGACAUAUGUGACUGGUAGGACUGUUGGAAUCGGUGCUUAUCUUGCUAGGCUUGGGAUGAGGUGCAUACAGAGGCUUGAUCAGCCUAUAAUUCUUACCGGUUUUUCUGCACUAAACAAACUUCUUGGUAGGGAGGUGUACAGCUCUCACAUGCAACUUGGUGGACCUAAAAUCAUGGCAACUAAUGGAGUUGUUCAUCUUACUGUUUCGGAUGACCUUGAAGGUGUUUCUUCUAUUUUAAAGUGGCUUAGCUACAUUCCUUCUCAUGUAGGUGGUGCACUUCCCAUUGUAAAACCCCUGGAUCCCCCAGAGAGAGAAGUUGAGUAUUUACCAGAAAAUUCAUGUGAUCCUCGUGCGGCCAUAUCUGGAACUCUGGAUGUUAAUGGAAAAUGGCUUGGAGGCAUUUUUGACAAGGACAGCUUUGUGGAGACACUAGAAGGAUGGGCAAGGACAGUUGUUACAGGAAGGGCAAAGCUUGGAGGAAUCCCUGUGGGAAUUGUUGCAGUAGAAACACAAACGGUUAUGCAAAUAAUACCUGCUGAUCCAGGCCAGCUUGAUUCUCACGAGAGGGUUGUUCCUCAAGCUGGGCAAGUGUGGUUUCCUGACUCUGCGACCAAGACGGCCCAAGCGAUAUUGGAUUUCAACAGAGAAGAGAUCCCGCUUUUCAUUCUCGCAAACUGGAGAGGCUUUUCAGGCGGGCAAAGGGAUCUUUUCGAAGGAAUUCUUCAGGCUGGUUCAACUAUUGUCGAGAACCUUAGAACAUACAAACAGCCCAUAUUUGUAUACAUCCCGAUGAUGGGUGAACUCCGUGGUGGGGCUUGGGUUGUUGUCGACAGUCGAAUCAACUCAGACCACAUUGAAAUGUAUGCCGAACGAACAGCUAAAGGUAACGUCCUUGAGCCAGAAGGAAUGAUUGAGAUCAAAUUUAGAACAAGAGAAUUGUUGGAGUGUAUGAGAAGACUUGAUCAACAAUUAAUUACUCUGAAGGAAAAACUUUCAGAAGCCAAGAGUAACAAGGACUUCGGUACAUAUGAUUCUGUGCAGCAACAAAUUAGAUUCCGUGAGAAACAACUUUUGCCUUUGUAUACUCAGAUUGCUACCAAAUUUGCUGAACUACAUGAUACAUCCUUAAGAAUGGCUGCAAAGGGUGUAAUCAGAGAAGUUCUUGAUUGGCGUAACUCACGUGCUGUUUUCUAUCGGAGACUGCACAGAAGAAUCGGAGAGCACUCGCUGAUAAACAGCAUAAGAGAUGCUGCUGGUGACCAAUUGUCACAUGUAUCUGCCAUGAACUUGCUCAAAGACUGGUAUCUGAAUUCUGAUAUUGCCAAAGGUAGAGAAGAAGCUUGGCUGGACGACGAAACAUUCUUCAGAUGGAGGGAUAAUCCUGCAAAUUACGAGGAUAAACUAAAGGAAUUGCGCGUUCAGAGACUGUUGCUUCAGUUGACAAAUAUUGGUGACUCGGCUCUUGAUUUACAAGCUCUACCUCAAGGUCUAGCCGCACUUUUAAGCAAGUUGGAAGCGUCAAGUCGCCAGAAGUUGACUGAUGAACUUCGCAAGGUACUCGGUUAG